GGAUAUUGUGACAUUAUCUUUUUGCCGUUAAAACUUGUCUUGACAGCGAACGUGGAAGAAUUCGAAUUUCGAACUUCAAAAAAGGGAAUCAAUCCCCAACGUAUUGCUGAUUUAGCAUAUUCCUACUUUCCGUUGGUUCCAUUUCACUCUGUGUUCUAGUGGAGUAGCGUAAAAGAAAUGGGCAAAGAGGAAAUGGAAAAUGAGACUAAUCCGAUGGUCGAGAUCAAAGGGGUUCCCAAUCAUGGCGGAAAAUACACUCAGUAUAACGUCCUUGGAAAUCUCUUCGAAGUCCCCUCCAAGUACAUGCCUCCUAUUCAACCCGUCGGCCGUGGAGCUUAUGGCUUGGUUUGUUGUGCUACGAAUUCUGAAACAAAGGAGAAGGUUGCAAUUAAGAAAAUUGGGAAUGCAUUUGAUAAUAGUAUUGAUGCCAAAAGGACUCUCCGGGAGAUCAAACUUCUUUCCCACAUGGAUCAUGAGAAUGUAAUCAAAAUCAAAGAUAUAAUACGGCCACCGGAUAGAGAGAACUUCAAUGACGUUUAUAUUGUCUAUGAGUUGAUGGAUACCGAUUUGCACCAAAUAAUAUGCUCUUCCCAGCCACUCACAGAAGAUCAUUGUCAAUAUUUCCUUUAUCAGUUAUUGAGGGGACUAAAGUACAUUCACUCCGCUAAUGUUCUCCACCGGGAUCUCAAGCCCAGCAACUUGCUACUUGAUGCAAAUUGUGAUUUAAAAAUAUGUGAUUUCGGGCUUGCACGAACUACAUCAGAGGCAGAUUACAUGACAGAGUAUGUUGUCACAAGGUGGUAUAGGGCCCCUGAAUUGUUACUCAGCUGCUCAGAAUAUACUGCAGCAAUUGAUAUAUGGUCAGUUGGCUGCAUUUUAAUGGAAAUCAUUAAAAGAGAGCCUCUCUUUCCAGGGAGAGAUUACGUUCAGCAAUUGACUCUUAUUACUGAGCUAUUAGGAACCCCAGAAGACUCUGAUCUCGGGUUCCUCAGGAGUGAUAGUGCUCAGAAAUAUGUAAAGCAGCUUCCUCAUGUUCCCAAACAGCCCUUUUCCCAGAUGUUCCCGGAUAUGCCUCCCUUAGCCAUUGAUCUUGCAGAGAAGAUGCUGUUGUUUGAUCCAACAAAACGCAUAACUGUUGAGGAUGCCCUAAACCAUCCAUUUCUAUCAAGUCUUCAUGAAAUCAAUGAGGAGCCCACUUGCCCUUCUCCUUUUGUCUUUGAUUUUGAACAAGCAUCUCUAGACGAAGAUGACAUAAAAGAACUCAUAUGGAGAGAGGCUCUAAAGCACAAUCCAAUUGACAAUGAGUUGAGCACUUGAGAUCCACCCUGUUUGGCUUGUGUAUGGAAGGUGAGCCGGUUUGCAAUGUUGAGUUGAGACUAAUGGGUAAUCAUUUUGGAUAGGGCCUCGUUAAGCUAUGUGUAAACUGGGGAGUUAAGGAUUCAUGUUUGUAGCCAAGAACCAUGACCCUUGAUAGUUUUCAAGAUUGGUCAUGCUGAUUAUGCUCUGUACAUCAUGAAGCUAUUUGUAAACCAAAAUUACAGAAAAAAAGAAGAAAAAAAGAGGAAACAAUUCAUCUCUAC